GGUCUGGUGCAUAUAAAAGCGGCUUGCACCGGCUGUUCCUGCCUGUGUCUUUCUCCGCACUUGGGCGCCUCUAGUUUGGACUUCGCGGGACGGCUGCCAUGGCCAAGUAUGUGGAGCUGUACACAAAAGCAAAGAUGCCCAUUUUGGGACUGGGCACGUGGAAGGCAAUGGAGGAACUAGUAGAUGUUGGAUUGGUGAAGGCAAUUGGUGUUUCCAACUUCAACCAUGAACAGAUGGAGAGAAUCUUGAAGAAGCCCAAAUUGAAGUACAAACCUGCAAAUAACCAGGUUGAAUGCCACCCGUAUCUUACUCAGGAAAAGCUGAUUGAGUACUGUCAGUCCAAAGGGAUCUCCGUCACAGCCUAUAGUCCCCUUGGCUCUCCAGAUAGACCCUGGGCCAAGCCUGAAGAUCCUUCAGUCCUGGAUGAUCCAAAAAUUAAAGAGAUUGCAGCUAAACAUAAUAAAACUGCAGCUCAGGUCCUGAUCCGGUUUCAUAUCCAGAGAAAUACAAUUGUGAUUCCCAAGUCCAUCACUCCAUCGCGGAUUGAAGAAAACUUCAAGGUAUUUGACUUUGACUUGUCUAAGCAGGACAUGGAAACCAUCCUCAGUUUCAACAGGAACUGGAGAGCAUGUGCAAUGACUUCGUGUAUCAAUCACAAGGAAUAUCCUUUCAGCAUUGAAUACUAAAAGUCCUGAAAAAGAAGGGAGUACACAGUGGACUGUUGGUGUUGAUUAUGUUGCCAUUUCUUUUCGGAUCAGCCUCUCCAUGCAAUCUUUAUAAACUUUUUUUCUGCCUAAAUUGAAUAUGAUAUGAUUAUUUUUAUAAGCAUAUACUACAGUACUUCUCUGAUGAGAUCACUAGAAAAAUGACCCAUAAUUUAAUUUGUCUUAUAUUUCUUCUGAAACCAUUUCAAGUUAAUGUCUCCCGUUUGAAAAAACAGAAUAUUUUUUUAACAUUUGGAGGGGGGGAUUUAAUAAUCUGUGUGUAUGCUGUAUUACACUCAAUUCUUUCUUUGGUUCCAGACAUGAUGCAUUAAAGCUUUGGUGGAAUUGUAUGUUUUUGUAGUUAACUCUAUGUAGGAUUCUCAUUCAAGAAUUUGGAAUGUAUUCUUCUAAGAGUGCUAAACUUUAAUAAAAUUCUUUGGUUACUCUA